ACUGCAGGUCACAGCGGUAAGGGGAAUCAAGUAAAAUUUCGUGAAAAGUUUUUCCAAACGGUACCUGUAGAGGCGCUGAUCGUCGUUUUCCAACUGGCGGCUACUAGAAGACACGGGUGUUGGCGCGGCAAGGGGAAGUAAUAGUUUCAGUGGUUUACUCGCUAGAGGCGCUGAUCGUCGUUUCCCUAAUGGACAACGCGGGUGUUGGCGCAGUAAGGGGAAUGAAAUAACUUUUUACCGGAUCCCCUAACGUCUGUGCCCACCAGUUGUUCAUCUUGUAGUUCCAGUGUCUAUACAUCAGUCAUUAGAUUUGUCAAGAAAUGAACGGUUUCGCGUUACGUUAUUGUUUCGUUACCCAAAAAAUUUCAAAAGUCACAGAUAAAAUUUCAGGAAAAUCAGUAGUUCGAAAAUAUAUCGCUAGGUUCGUCAUCAUCGCCACCGAAAAAAGUAAACAGAAACACUGGCGAGGGUGAAGGGGGAAUUUUCUCCUCCCUCACUCCUCUGUCAACCGGAAUUCAGCAGCCCAGCUGAGAUCUCAAUUCACAUGCUUCGAAUUGGACGUUCUAAAACAUGAUUAAACGUUUCAUUUGUUUAAAAGCUGAAUUUUAACUAAUUAAAUAGUAAUGAAACUCGUUAAAAAACCGAACAGAAUGCACCAUUGACAGCUGCUACGUAACAUAAUAGACACUGGUAGAAGUAAUGGGAAAGAGUUGACAAUUAUUAAUUAAUCAUUCGGUCAAUUAAACAGCGAUGAAAGGAACGAAGAUUCCGCUGAUUUGUAUGAGAUCAGUUCAGUAUGAAAAGUACCCUGGGAUUGAAAGCUGGGUUUCGUCGUUUCCACAAUGGCUGUGAAAAAACCACCGAGAAGGCUGUCAUACGAACCAAUAAUCCGAGAUUCGAAUAUGUCGGAUUUUCACAAAGUUGCUUUUAUAAUAUGCGCGUUCGUGAUGAUACGAGAAUUUAGACCGGUCGAGCCGUUUUUCACGUCGUAUUUGACAUCCCCACCAUUGAAUUUUACUACAGAAAUAGUUAAUGAGAAAAUAUACCCGAUUGGAACUUACGCUUCGUGUUCGUUCGCUAUUGUAUUAUUUCUAAUCACCGAUUACCUUAGAUACAAGCCGGUUAUUAUUUUGGACGCUAUUACCGGUAUAUUGACCUAUUUAUUACUCUUUGGCAAACCGGAACUGUCAAUUUUCUACGUGGAACAAUUAUUUUACGGUUUUUUCUAUUCGUCCGAUGUCGCUUGUAAUACAUACUUGUAUGCUAAAGUCGAAGAUAGCUCGUUAUACCAAAAAAUCACCGGCUACGUCAGAGCUUCUAGUCUUCUGGGAAAAUUCAUUAGUGGAAUUUUCGCCCAAUCUGCUGUUUCCUUUCGUAUAUUUAGUAAAUCGGAUCUGGUGUAUUUUAGCACCGGUGGUAUGGUACUGGCGACAUUGUGGUCGUUUUUUGUACCUUCUGUCGAUCAUAGUAUUUAUUUUCAUACCAUCGAGAAAAAAGUGAUUCAGAUUACUGGGAAGAAUGACGACGUAGAAGACAAUAAAGUAGAAGAGAAGGUGAUCACGAUAAUUAAAUCGCAGAAAUUACUGGAUGUUGGGAAACGGCUUGUGCAUGAUUUUAGAGCAGCCUAUACGAACAUAUAUGUGUUAAAAUGGUCUUUAUGGUGGGCUUUCGCUCUGUGUGGAUUUUUUUUCGUGAACACGUAUUCUCAAGUAUUAUGGCAAAUCACUGCCAAAGAACACAACGAAGGUAGCGAUGGUAAUGUCGAUGAUUACCUGAUGAAUGGUGCCGUUGACUCGACUUACACAAUAUUAAGUGCUUUGGGAGCUUACCUAAUCUCGCAGCUGAAAAUAGACUGGAAAACCCACGGUGAUUGGAUCCUAAGUCUGGUAUCAUUCAGUUUAGCGUUAAUAGUCGUUCUUCACUAUUGGUCCCAUAGCUUAUUAUUCAUUUACCCGGGAUAUAUAACGUUUGGGCUUAUUUUUCAAACGAUGUUGACGAUUGCCCAAUCAGAAGUAGCUCAAAAUAUAGAAAAAGAUAGUUACGCUUUGAUAUUUGGAUUUAAUACAUUCGCAGCCCUCGGCUUAGGUUGCAUUAUCACGUACACGGUUAUCGGAGGAAAUCUUAUCUACCUCUCGACCAGAGAACAGUUUCUAUUCUACGGAGCUUAUUUUACAGCUAUUACGAUAUUUUUCGUCAUCGUAGCAGUAAUUUCAGCUACACGCAGAUGGAUCAGCGCUAUCGAACUGUGAUCUCUUCUCCGCCCAUUUUUUGAUUACCCGAUGUACUUAUAUUUAUGUUGACGAUUUUCAGCAAUAUUUUUAUUGUUUCUUGGUGUACCUAUAUUGUGAUUAUUUAUGUCGACGAACGUUACUCGAAUAACGAUGUCAAUUAGCCGAGCUUUAAAAUACGUUUAUAUAAGGUUACGUUAUCUAUUCCUUUUUUCCCCUUCCAAUUAAACCGGGGGUUCUGCGUAGGAUAAUGAUGAGAUAUUUUCGAAAUGCUGGCCAUUCGAUGUGAAUUUAUGAUUUUCUUUUUUACUCGGUGUGUCUAUACUUUGUAUUGUUUUUUUUUUUGUUUUUUUGUUUUGUACCAUAGAAGAAAAUCGUCGAUACGUUUUAGUAUUAUGAGUAUUGUUGAUAGUUACGUAAUAUGAAUUUUUAUACAUUUUUGCUCUUUCGUA